ACAAUAACACACCACUAUUGCAUCAGAUCUGUUAGCUUUUAAAAUAAAGAUGAUUUGUAUGUUAAUGUUGCACCUAAAGAACAAGCAUCAUUAAGUACGGAAUUUUCCCUAUCACUGACAGCCAUUGCCAUUAAACUUUUAUUUAUCCUCACUCCAACGAACAUUUAGUUUUUAGUUUAGAAACAGACUAUAGCUAGAGACACGCGGACGCUUUGACACAACACAACACGACUGUCCACGCCGAACCAUCAUGUCGAUUAAUCUCACCUCCGUAUUAAUUUCGGAUGAAGUUGACCAGAAAUGCGUCAAUUUUCUUCAGGAAAAUGGAAUUAAAGUGGUGAAAAACACUAAACUUUCCAAAGAAGAAUUACUGAAAGAAAUUGCCAAUCACGAUGGGCUGAUUGUUCGAUCAGCAACCAAGGUCACUGCAGAGGUCAUAGCUGCAGGGAAGAAGUUGAAGAUCAUUGGUCGUGCUGGUACUGGGGUUGACAACAUCGACUGUAAUGAAGCCACCAAGAGGGGAAUCAUUGUCAUGAACACGCCUGGGGGAAACACACUGAGUGCGGCUGAACUGACAUGCACACUCAUCUGUUGUGUGUCCAGGAAUGUACACAGUGGUGAUCGAGCCAUGAAGGAGAAGAAAUGGUCAGAACGGAAGGCCCUGAUGGGAUCAGAGCUUUAUGGGAAGACUCUAGGAAUUGUGGGACUGGGGCGUAUUGGGAAAGAGGUGGCAUUAAGAAUGCAGUCUUUUGGAAUGAAGACCAUUGGAUUUGACCCCAUCAUCCCAGGAGAGGUCAGUGAACAGUUUGGUGUCAAGUGGAUGCAGCUGGAGGAGUUAUGGCCCUUGGUGGAUUACAUCACUGUCCACACACCCCUUAUUCCACAAACACGGAAUCUCAUAAAUGAUGCAGUGUUUGGGAAGUGUAAAAAGGGCGUAAAAGUGAUCAAUGUAGCCCGAGGGGGCAUUAUUGAGGAGGCAGCCAUUCUGAGGGCCCUGGAGUCGGGGCAGUGUGGAGGAGCAGGCCUAGAUGUGUUCACUUCAGAACCCCCUGCAGACUUUACACUAGCCCAGCACCCUAAGGUGGUGGCCACACCUCAUCUUGGAGCCAGUACAUCAGAGGCUCAAGAAAGAGUAGCCGUAGAAAUAGCAGAACAAUUUGUAGAUCUCAACAAAGGGAAACAACUCUUUGGUGCUAUCAAUGCCAACGCCAUGACCAAUGCUUUAUCUGAAGAAUCCAGAGCUUGGGUGACCUUGGGUCAGCGAUUAGGUCAACUGGCAGGUUCUGUUGGAGGACAGUCCACGGGAACAAUUAAGGUGACUGCCUGUGGUUCCUCCUUAAAGGAGGCCAAAUCCUACCUCGGAGCAGCUGUACUAGCAGGUUACCUAGCAACCAGACAACAACCUUCUGGUGACGGAAUAACAUUGAAUUUAGUCAAUGCACCUGUCAUGGCCAAAGAACAAAAUUUACAAGUUGAAUUCUCACAAACUGAUGACUGUUCGGGACAGUACUCUGCUACAGUGACCGUUAAAAUUAGUGAUGGUUUCCAGGCGUCAGGAACAACUUGCAGCGGAGGGGCUGUAUUGCUGUCCUUACAGGGGCAGGGAUUCCCCGCCCCAGCCUCACUCUCGGGGACAGCUGUAGUCUUUUCUGCUAAGGGCAGCCCCCAACUAAUGGCCUCUAUAUCAGGAGCUGUAGCUGGAGAAAGUGUUACCAGUUUGACUCUGUCCUCUGGGGGAGCUGGAGACAGAUGGGGCGUGGCCACAUUUUUAGCCCCACCCUCUCUGAAAAAUAUGGAGAGCCUGAAAGGUGUGACCACAACAAUGAGUGCAGUCACAUUUUGAUGAAUGGCAGUCUCUUAGAACAAAAAAUUCUCACAUUUUUCCAGACCUAUGCAAAUUAUGUCACCAUGAUAGCUACAUUUUGUGUUCUAUUUUUUGUGAAAAGCAUUAACAUUUUCAUAUGAAAUGACUUUUGGGGUUACUAUUUUGGGGUUCAAAAAGCUUAUUUUAUUUUUGUUAUUAUUUUUUGUCAAUUUUUGUUUUUGUUAGAAAAGGCUUUUACGGUAUAUUAGAAUUGUGCAAAAGAUCAGGUUUGAAAAUAAAUUGUAAAGAAUUGA